AUGGACAAACGGCUGCCGGCGCGGUCACUGUCUGACAUCGGCGAUCACAUGGGCAUGGCCGCCUCUGCUAGCAGGACAGUUUCCAGACUGGGACACGAGCUAGUAGAGGCUGUGGAUGCUUCACCUUCUGUCCUCAAUAUGGCGUCUUCAUCUGGAAGCUCGGAACUGCGGGCGCAGAACGCGGAGUACAGGGCGCUGUGUCAGGCCGCUGAGGUGGAAAGGGAUCGGCUGAUGGAGCUGGUGUCAGUUCUGCAGAGGAGGGCGGAGGAGAGCAACACGAAGGUCCUGGAAGCUGAGAAGGUUUUGCAGGAAGAGAGGAGACGCUGCGUUCACCUGGAGCAACAGCUGGAGAAGACAAAGAUGGACGCCGCAAAGAAUGGUGCCACCCAAAAGAUGUCUGCUCGUGGCAAAGCUGGACAGUCGCUCAGCAACUCCCGACUCUUUCUG